AAUCAACUGCGGCUGGUGGUGCACGCAUGCGCAGAUCUGCCCAGCAGCUCAGGGCAGGAAGACUUGUUUCGGGCAGCUGUGUGUACCUAUGCCGGGCGUGACAGCACUGGGCACGGGCUGUUGGGCUGCAGGAUCACUGCUUAUUCUCCUCGCUGCCAUCUCCCUUCACCAGGAGUACUCCGAUCCCGGGGAGCUGCCCAGGAUGGAUAAAGACCUGAAGACAUUACAAGAGGACUACAGACACAUGAACCGAUCCUGCUUCAUCCUCGGGGCUACCGGGGAGACGGGGAAAGCGCUGCUCAAGGAGAUCCUGCAGACUCAGCUCUUCAGUAAAAUAACGCUCAUUGGCCGGCGGAAGUUGGCGUUUGAAGACGAGGCGUAUAAUAAUGUGAACCAGGAGGUGGUCGAUUUUGAUAAGUUAGAUGAGUACAGCGCGGCUUUCCAAGGACACGAUGUAGGGUUCUGCUGCCUUGGGACCACAAAGGCAAAAUCUGGAGAGGCUGGCUUUAUCCGCGUGGAUCACGAUUACGUUAUGAAGUCCGCGCAGCUGGCAAAAUCCGGCGGCUGCAAACACUUCAAUCUGGAAUCGUCUAAAGGGGCCAAUAAGGGGAGCAGCUUCCUCUACCUGCGGGUUAAGGGAGAAGUUGAAGCUGAAAUAGAAGAAUUGGCCUUUGAGCGGUAUUCCAUCUUCAGACCUGCAGUUCUUAUGGUUGACCGGCAAGAGUCCCGUCCAUCAGAGUGGUUCGCCCGGAAGAUGCUGGCCCCAAUAUCCUACAUGUUCCCUACGGCGUACUCCGUGCCCAUCACUACAUUAGUCAAAGCCAUGGUGAAUAAUCUUGUGCUGCCGAGCGACAAGAAAGUGGAACUCUUCGAAAACAAAGCCAUACAUACACUGGGGGCAUCGGGCAAACAGGAGUGCAAGUAGUCAUUGGGGUGAUAGGAACCAGUAGGCACGAGCCCAGUCAUUGGGGUGAUAGGAACCAGUAGGCACGAGCCCAGUCAUUGGGGUGAUGGGCGCCGGGUGUGGAUCAUUAGAGCCACAAGCAAAGGGCUACAGUCUAUAGGUCGACCACUAAUGGUGGACAGGGUCAAAAGGUCAACAGGGUCAUUAGGUGUACAUGAAAAAGGUAGACAGUAGGAAAGGUCAACAGAGUCAAAAAGUCGACACAUGAAAAGGUCAACAUGACAAAAGGUUGACACACCAUUUUUACGUUUUUUUGGUGUUGUUUUCGCGUCAUUCUUCGGGCAUGGUGCCCCGCUGCGCUCGGCACAGGUUACUAUUCUCAAUCGUAGUCCACGUGGCUGGUAAAGUAUGAAAAAGUUGAUUAAGAUGCUAAAAAAAAAACCAAAAAAUUGUGUCGACCAUUUGAACCUGUCAACCUUUUGUAUCUGUCUACCAUAAGCACUGUUGACCUUUUACAUGUCAACCUAUUGACCGCGUCAACCUUUUGACCAUGUUGAUCUAAUGCAUGUCGACCAUUAUUGGUCGUCCUAAUGGUUGUCGGCAUUUUCAUGGUUGACCUAUAGUCCGGGUACCAUGGGAGCCAGUAGGCAUUGGUGCUGCCAGUGCGGUGCUGAAUGUACAAUACCAAAUUUUAUUUGAAUGUUAUUUUAGGGAAUUAACAUAAAGGGAAAUAUAUUUGUGCAAUUAAUUACAUGUCAUAUUUACACUAAAGGGCCGCCUAUUGCCAGGUUACCUUCUCUGUGCACGGUUACAAUUAGCGCUGUUAUACGCUUCACCGCUCCUUAAAACAAUUACAAGAACAGGCGUAGAAAUCUCGGGUAAUACAUUUCUGUUAUUUUAAUGACUCAAAAGGGAAAUUUAUUUGCCUAUAAUUCUAAGUAAUAACUAUUGAGUGGAUCGAUCAUCAUAAAAAUAUAUAAUCAAAGAGAAAUGUAUGGUUGCUAUGGAGACUGAGGGCCAGAUGAAUUAGCCUGCGCAGUGAGCCAAGUGCUGAGCUUUCCGUUAUGUAGCCGCAACAUUUAAAGAGGCAAAAAUUACCUGGAUUUCUCUUUUUAAAAUAAAGAAUGACGCUUUAAAUCUCAUGGCUUAAUCCUAUGAAAGCGCAGCAUUUUCCACGUGGCGCAGGCUAUUAUGUUUGGCCCUGAGUAUAGAUACUAUAACAACUACGUACAGCUAAGGUGUGGGCUUAUGUAAUGCAUGUAUGUCUUAUUAUGUACUGUUCCUUUCAUACUGAAUAAGUGCCUUCUGCUGGGGAACUGAUAUUCUUUUUAAUUAUUUUUUAAAUAAAGUGACUGUGUUGGUGAAUAAAUAUAAUGCAGAAAUAUGCUAAGACGUUA